AUGAUUGACCCAUUACAGGUAGCAAAUGCCAUUGAGAUCGCCUGGAAUCCGUCCUCCGACCAAACCCUAAAAUCACAAGCCUUCGACUACCUCAAUCAACUCCGCUCCGACCCCUCCGGAUGGCAGAUCUGCCUCUCCCUCUUCACCAAAACCCCACAACAGCCCGAGGUCGUACGGCAUGUCAGCUUGGAGAUCGUCAACAGCGCUGCACAGGUCGGGUUGAUCGACCCGGCCUCGCUCGGCGUUGUUCGAGAUAGCUUGCUGGGCUACAUCCGCCAGGCAUACGGACCAGAGGCCUCGGCCACCCCUGACCCUCCUUACAUUCAAAACAAAAUUGCACAAACCGUCACAUUCCUUUUCUCAUCCCUCUAUGCGAACGGCUGGGAGUCUUGCAUCGAUGACCUACUGAGUCUGACCAACAAAUCCGCGGGCCGUGACAACCAGCUCGGCGUUAUCUUUUACCUACGUGUGCUUAACUCGGUUCAUGAGGAAAUUGGCGAUGUCUUGGUUUCCAGGUCUCGGGGGGAGCAGGACAAAGCAAAUGCAUUGAAGGAUUUGAUUCGGGAGAGGGACAUGCAGAAAAUUGCCAACUCGUGGCAGGAGAUUCUGGCGGUGUGGCGGGAUAGCGAUGACACGAUCGUGGAGAUGUGCCUGAAGGCCGUUGGGAGCUGGGUCAGCUGGAUUGAUAUCAGUCUUGUCGUGAAUCAGACCAUGCUUGAUCUGUUAUUCCAGCAGCUCGGACGGGCGGAGAAGCAGGAGCUUCGCGAGGGGGAACAGCGAGUGCGUGAUGCGGCUAUUGAUGUCUUCACAGAGAUCAUUGGCAAGAAGAUGAAGCCUCAGGAUAAGAUCGAGAUGAUCGUUUUCUUGAACCUCGACACCAUCAUCACGCAGCUGUCUAACAGCCCUCCCCUGCGAGACAGCCGAUUCACAUUCAAGUAUGACACUGAUUUGGCAGAGACGGUGGCUAAGCUCGUCAACAAUACCGUUGUGGAUAUCGUGCGAGUAUUGGAUAACGACGCUGAUCCUAUCAAGGAGAAGGCCGAGAACUUGCUGCAGGUCUUCCUACCUCACAUCUUGCGAUUCUUCUCGGACGAAUACGACGAAGUUUGCUCGACCGUCAUUCCCUGCGUCAACGAUGUGCUUACCUACAUUCGGAAACUCGCCAAGGUGAACCCAUCUUUCGAAGAGCGAAACAAGGCCAUUCUCCUCCCGAUUUUGAAGGCGAUUAUUGCGAAAAUGCGGUACGACGAGACCUCGAACUGGGGCGAGGAGGACGAGCAGACGGACGAGGCCGAGUUCCAGGAGCUGCGGAAGAGACUGGGUGUGUUGCAGCAAAUCAUUGCCUCGGCCGACGAGCAGCUUUACAUCGAUGCAAUCUCCGACGUGGUGGCUACAACUUUCCAGAAUCUGCGGACAUCUGGUGGUCAGCUUGAUUGGCGUGACCUGGAUCUUGCGCUGCACGAGAUGUUCUUGUUUGGCGAUUUGGCUGUUAAGGGCGGCAGUCUAUACAUGAAGGGUGCUACGACUGGCAUGGCUGCGAACCGUCUCAUUGAAAUGAUGCUUGCAUUGGUGGAGUCCGAUAUCCGCUCCUUCACCCACCCGGCGACGCAACUCCAAUACAUGGAAAUUUGUGUUCGCUAUAGCUCUUUCUUCACCCACCACACCCACCUCAUCCCCGGAGUUCUGGAGAGCUUCCUUCAGCUUGUGCACCACCCUGUUCGAAAAGUCAAGACUCGUUCUUGGUAUCUGUUCCAGCGGCUAGCGAAACAGCUGCGUAGCCAAAUUGGCAACGUGGUGCAGACUGUUGUGGAGUCCUUGAGUGAUCUGUUGGUCAUUCACGCCGAGGUGCCCUCGGAGAACGACGAUGGCGAUGAGAUGUCUUCCGAAGACCACGAGGGCUCCGCGGACGCUAUUUUCAAUAGCCAGCUGUACCUAUUCGAAUCUGUUGGCAUCAUUUCGUCGACCCCCAGUGUGACCGCGGAUAAGCAGGUUCUCUACGCCCAGUCGGUGAUGAACCCUGUAUUCGCCGACAUGGAACGUAACCUCGAAGCCGCCAAGGCUAACGACGAGCGUGCACUUCUUCAAAUCCACCACGACAUCAUGGCCCUAGGAACACUUGCCCGUGGCUAUUCGGACUGGCAGCCGGGUACCAGCUCGCCUUCUACUCUCCCGGCACCAGAGGUUUCGGCAGCUUUCGCCCAGGUGGCUGAAGCUACCCUGGUUGCGCUGGAGUCCCUCAAGACCUCGUUCAACAUCCGAACCGCCGCUCGCUUUGCGUUCUCACGACUCAUCGGUGUUUUGGGUGCCGGAAUUCUCCCUCAGCUGCCGCGUUGGAUUGAUGGACUCCUGACCCAGACCUCGUCGCGGGACGAGAUGGCGCUCUUCCUCCGCCUUCUCGACCAGGUUAUCUUUGGCUUCAAGGGCGAGAUCUACAGCAUUCUCGAUACUCUCCUGACUCCAUUCUUGCAACGGGUCUUCUCUGGAAUUGCCGACCCAACCACUGGCACCGACGAUGAGAUCCAGCUUGCCGAGUUGAAGCGCGAGUACCUGAACUUCCUGCUAGCAGUUCUAAACAACGACCUGGGAAGCGUCAUCAUCAGCGAGAGGAACCAGCCUCUCUUCGAAACCGUCAUUACCACCAUCGAGCACUUCGCCAAGGACAUCGAUGACUUCACAACCGCCAAGAUGGCAUUCUCCGUGUUGAGCCGCAUGGCAGCCUGCUGGGGCGGACCCGACAUCGCCCCUGCGCCUACCAACGGCGCUGCAUCCACCCAAGCCGCACUCCCCGGCUUUAGCGGAUUCAUGAUUUCCCGCUUCUCCCCGCUCUGCUGGGCGCUCCCGACCACGGCUAACUUCAACUCCAAAGACGCGCAGGCCAAGCAGGUUCUCGCCGAGGCGGGCGGGUUGCAGCGUACCAUCUACUCCAAGACGGGCAUGGAAUACGCUCAGUACUUGCGGGGUCAGGAACUGCCCGGUAUGGGCAUGGGCAAUGAACUCAUCGAAGAGUUCCUGACUGCUUUGAACCAGUCGGACGUGAAAGGGUUCCGGCAAUUCUUCCCGUCAUUCAUCCAACGACUGAGCGCAUGA